UCGACAGUAUCCCUGCCCAACCCCUCUCUUGCUGACAGCCAAGAGCGACAACAAAUCACACAUGAAGAGGGGAAUAAUGGGCACAGAAUCUCUUAGAGACGUGCUCGAGUCCUGGGUAUGGGCAUCCAGUCAUUAACCCGCCAACCUCCCUGACUUGGGAACAAACCCAUCUCAGCCUUUGACACACCCGCAAGAAUGGCCGAAAAGAUCUACAUCUCUUCCGAAACGGCGGAGACCAUCCGCCGCAAAAAGUCCCAAUACUGCCGCUUCGCCGACGGCCUUGAAUGGGACCGCUUCGACACCAUCAUGCUGCCCACCCUCACCUUUGAGGCCAUCGAGCCGGACGGUACCGUGCUCGUCCAGAACGGCGUGCCGUACCGCUGGGAGUCGCGCGAGGCCUGGGUCGCGCACUUCAGCGAAAAGUUCAAGGUCCUGCAGACGAUGCACCUCGUCGACCCGGGCGACCUCGAGCAGGUGGCCGAGGACGAGGUCAAGGCCGUGUUCGGGGUGAUCUGGCACGCGGGCACGCGGGGCACCGAGGCCGGGUUGCAUUCGACAGGCGGGGGGCACUAUUACGAGACGUGGAAAAAGGUUGACGGGGAUUGGUACAUGGCAAGUUGCUCGAUGAAGAGGCUGUACUCGAAGGUCCAGGGGGUUUGAU